AUGGCGAGCCGUCCUGCCCUGCAAGCCCUGCUCUCCGUUCAGGAGUCUCUUCGGCGCGCAGCCGAAAGCUGCGAAGUCGUGUUGCAACAUGAGGCGUUCCUCGGCGAAGCGCUUGAAGAGCUGCAAGCUCCAGCUAGUGGCUCCAAUGUGCUGUCCGCUUGCCACGAGCUCGCCAAGUCUGUGAGGCAUGCUCCUGAGGCGCCAGCGCGGCAACUGAUGACCUACACGCCUUUCCUCGAAUCUACAGGAUGGGUUUGGGCCGACUUUGCCAUCGCCACUGCCUUCUUCCUGGUGCUGGCAAUCCUGUGGGAAUGUCUAUUCCUCCGGAGCACCCUUUCCUGCUGCCGAAAGGCAGUGGGGGACUUCAGCGGGAUCCGCAAGCAGAUUCAGGAGCUCGGUGGCCGGCUCGCCAUCGCCACUGGCUGGGGCCACGAGUCCCCGACAACGUCAGAGCGCGAGGUCGAGAAAGAUGAUGCCCAGGUGCCGGAGGACAAGGACAAGCACAAGGAGGAUCCCGCCAGCUUCUGGGCCGGCCUGGCAGAGGAGGCCCUGAAGCAACCGCCCGAUGCGCAGACGGACCUGCCGGCUGCCAGCUGUGAGGUGGGCUUCGAUCACCUCAACUUUGCUGGCAAAGCCUCAGAAGGUCAGGCGGAGGUCACUCUCUACCGAAGAGGUGCGGCCUCAGAGAGUGUGGCCGUGCGCGUGGUGCCGUCCAAGUCGCCUCUGGAGUCGACGGAUUGCGUUGCCUGCAACGGCAAGGACUACGUCCUGGAGGAGACGAUCAUAAAGUUCAAGCCGAACGAGACCAGCGCCAGGUUGCCCAUAACCCUGCGACAGCCCGGCAAACACCGCGCCACACAGUACUUCGAGAUCGAGCUUGCCGAGGUGGUGGAGGGCUCUGCUGCGCUCGGUGGGCCUACGCUCGGCCUGGACACUGAGCGCCGCAAGGUGCGGGUGUACAUCUUCAACGACUACGCCUUUCCAUGCGACAUCCCUGAGCACCGACGGAAGUCCAAACUGUGGAUCACCUGGUACUACCUGCAGGAGCGGCGCUUGUCGAGGGGCAUUCGAUGGUGGAAGACCUUGCUUGGCCUCCUGUAUCAGCCGAUCCAUAGCGUUUGCGUCACGGCUCUGGUCCAGAAGCUGGCCCUGGACAGGGUGUCCGAUCCCGACUAUCCUGGGGACAAGCUGCUGGAGCUUGCAAUUCUCGGUUUGGUCUCCUUCCUGUCCCUGGCCCUCUUGCGCUGGGGGGACAAGGUAGCGACCGAGAACCGUGGCCGCACUGGGGGCACUCGCAUGGUCCAUCGACGGCAGCUCUUUGCCAAGCUUCUGAUGCUGGAUGCCGAGGAACUGACAGGGGUAGAAGGCCACUGGUGGUUCUACGUGGGAGUGAACAACACGGACAUCAUGGCCAAGGAUGCCUACUACCAAGGCUUCGUGGUGCUUCAGAGUGUCUUCGGCCUCCUGCUGUCCAUCGCGAUGCUCUGCUAUGCUCAGUUCAGCAAGCUAGCCGAAGAGGAUGUGAGUGAGGAGUUCUUGAACCUCAUUGUACCCUCCGUGGCUAUGGUGGUCACGGCGCUGUUGUGCGCCUUUGCUGUGCUUCGGCUCCCCAGGCUCGGGAAACUCCUGGUGGAAAGGAUGCGGGGUGAGGCUGCUUGGGUAGACACCCUGUCCUGGCUCUGCCACGCGGGCCUGCCCAUGCAGAGUCUCGCCACGCGCACCCACGCCAAGCUGGACAUGCGUUUCACCGCCGAGUCCAAGUUCUUCACAACUUUCCACGUGAAAGCCCGGGACUUCAGCAACGACACAGUCUGGUUUACCAAGUGGAUCACGAACCUUGUGCGCAUCCUGAUCUUGGUUCUGGGCACCGCCGCGUUAUUGAAGAGCCGCCGCGAAGGGUCGGACGCCUUCCAAUCCGGCGACUUCGUCUUCCAGCUGAAAGUCUUCUCCAGCUGCGGAAAGUACCUGGAGAAGGUCAUCUCAUCUCUGAUCAAGAUGUUCUCCGCCAGCGUGGGGCUCGAGCAGUUCGUCUCCUUGGUGAACCUCCCCGAGAAGUCCACAUUGAAGUCUAGCGGGUCGCACGUGUUCCGCGCCCACGGGUCGAACGAGAUCCGCUUCGAGAAGGGCGACGACUACGCGGAUGGAUGUGAUGGCAAAGAGCAGACCGAACUCGCGCGGCAUAAAUCCAGGAUUGUCCAUCGAAGCUUCACCAUCCCACUGGGCGGUGCAGUUCGCGUGUCGAGCACCCAGGAGAAGGAGCUGGUCAACUUUUUCACUCAGGUGAGCGAGCUGAAAAUGCUCCACUUUGGGCGGAUGUAUCGACCUGCAGGCAUCCGCGUGGGCUACGUGCCUGCCGUGGCACUGAGAACUCCCCACACCAAGGUGAUGGAGGAGCUCCAGGAUGGCUGUCCUGCGGGCAUUCCGAUAGGCGAGCGGCUGGUGCACCUGUUGGAAAUCAACCCGCAGAAGAGGAUGAAGGACCUUCGCCCAGGGGAGGCGCAGCUGCUGGCCAUCCUUUUGGCCCUCUUCCGCGACCCGGACGUGCUCGUGUUGAACAGGCCGUGUGCUCUGCUCACCGAGUCGCAGCACCAGAAGGUGUGGACGUUGCUGGAAUUGUGGCAGACGGGCGGCGCUGCGAAACUUCUGGAGAACUUCGGCUUGGCUCCGCAGCAGCCAGCCAAGCCAGGGCUACCCCGCAGGAAGCGAACUCUGAUCACUUCCCGGCAGGACGUUGCGCUGAAUCCGAAUUCACACUGCUCAGUCUACGACUUGGACUUGGAUACGGGGAGAGGUGAGUUUGUAUCCCGUGACCAGUCGCGACCUAUCGGGCUUUAA